ACACUAUCCACCAAAUUUUAGCCAAUUUAAUUAAAUUAUAUAACUAUUAAAAAACAAACAAAUAAGUAUUUAUUCUAAAGAUAAAUAAAUUGUAUAACAUCCGUUUCUAAAGAUUUUCUAAUUAUCAAAUUAAAAAUGGCAGAUAAAUCUAGCUAGGUUAAAACAAGAGAUAAAAGCCCUGUUGCAGAAAUGAUCACAUGGUCUGAAGUUAUCAAAAAAGAGAAAUCAAAAUAAAAAAUUUAUGAGCAUUUUACUAUAAAUCCUAGGAAACUUUUUUUGUAUUCUGACAAGCCAUGCGAAAAUGCACUAGUUGAAUAAAAAAUGUAGCAUUCUCAAACAAAAAAUCCUUUCUUAGAUAUCUCAAAAACAUCUGCCCUUCUUGAUUCACUUAAAUCUCCUGAACUUAGCUAAGAUAUUUUGUCCAAGCUUACUACAAUCAAUUAAACACCAGGAUAAAAAUAUAAGUUUCCACAAACAGCUAAUUAAGACAUUGGUUGGUUCAAUUAACACUCUAGAAGUUUAAGCCCUUAAAGAAGUUCAAAUUAAUUUAAUUACCCAAAGAAAACAUGCAACGAGACUAAUUAUGCAAAUGAAUACUAUAAUAUGUUACGUGUAUCACCAUUUUCUAAUAAAUUCAAAUGA